GUCUUUUCUUCCUUGCUAUCAUCAUGAUCACUGCAUCCGGAAAUGAGUCGGACCUCGCUGUUGUUACACCUCGCACCUUGGUUCAAUGCAAUAAUACCCUUCUCAAGUGGAGUGGAGGUUUCGGUGCGUAUUCCAUCGUCCCAGGCAGCGACCCUGAUGGACCCAUACUUGAGGACCUCGGUGAACAGGACGAUACGAAUGUAACAUGGAGAGUCAAUCUUUCCGCAGGAACGUCAGUCGUCCUAGCAAUUCGUGACAGCGAAGCCGUAAGUAUCCAGAGCGACGCUGUCCAAAUUCGAAAUAGCACGGACAGCAGCUGCUUGAACGAAUGAUUCGCAUGAACUAUGUAUGCAUUAAAAGACUGGUCUGUCCGAUAUUAUCAG